AUGGAGCUCGGGACAAGGAAGGGACCGAAGGAUUUCCUAGCUAGCUUGAACAAGUGUGUCGAGAGAGACAGUAAGAUUUCUUUGACCGAGAAAGAAGAAUGGAAGAAUAUCAAAGAAAAUGGCCGACGACUCUUCGAACCGACUUUGGGAGGGCAAUACGAGGUAUUCAAUGAGCGUCCUAUCAGUCCAGAUAUUGUGAAGUACUGCACAGGAGAUGUUAUUUUCUUGCCAGAUCUCUUCAACAAAUAUUACGCUCAGCUGAGUCGGCCUGGAGAGGCAUUUUGGAAAGCUCAAGUACUGGAAGCAACCAAAGACCGGGUCAGGUUUUCACGAAGUCCGGCGUUCGAUGGAAAUUCGAAAUCCAACGCCCGCGGGCCCUGGAAUAGACGGGCUAUUGAAGAAGCGAUCAAUGCAUGGAAUGACGAUAUCAUGGAGAAUGCCUUAAGUGAAGAGGAUGAUUAUCUCAUGUGA